ACAACUUCCGGCUUCCGGUGGAGCCCUCGGCCUUCUCGCGUAGCCGUCAUGGCCUCCGAAGAGAAAGAUCCUCUGAGCUAUUUCGCGGCUUAUGGGAGCAGCAGCUCAGGCUCCUCGGGCGAGGAGGAUAACAGUGAGCCGGAGGAGACGAGUCGCAGGGCUUCGGAUCCGACGAAGUCGGCAGGCGGCUGCGGAAACAAUACGGAGAAGCGGCUGCCGGGACCCGACGAACUAUUCCGGAGCGUGACGCGCCCGGCCUUUCUCUACAAUCCGCUCAACAAACAGAUAGACUGGGAAAGGCACGUCGUCAAGGCGCCUGAGGAGCCUCCAAAAGAAUUCAAAAUAUGGAAGUCAAACUAUGUACCACCUCCGGAGACCUACACUACGGAGAAGAAACCUCCCCCUCCAGAGCUGGAUAUGGCAAUAAAAUGGUCUAACGUAUAUGAGGACAAUGGUGAUGAUGCCCCACAGAACGUUAAGAAAGCUAGGCUUCUACCGGAAGGGGAGGAGACAGUGGAAUCAGAUUAGAAGUCAGUAAUGAAGGAAGACACAUCUUCUGUAAAUGAUAUCUUUUUGGAGAUGCCAAAUGAAGGGGACAUUUAAAAUACUUCAUAUUGUGUUAUAUGUUAUGUAAUUAAUAAAAAGCUCUUUUGCAUAAGUUCUCUUUAAUCCUUACAACACCUUGUUGGAAGAGGAUAGGGAAGUGUGGAAAUGAGAGCUCAUAUGACUUGUCUGAGGUCAGAAAACAAGAAAAUGGCAAGCUCUAAAAUAGGUACCUUUACAAACUCAGGUCUUUAAGUGGAAAUGAUGCCUUUUUAAACUGGGAUUCACACUUGAUGUGUUCAAGCUAGAGUGCUUGAGAACUAUGCUGUAAGAAGAAUGGCACUAAGACCACUAGAGUUGAUAUUCUUACUAGUGGGUGCCAUACACUGAUGCUCUCCUUUCUUCCUCUCUGAGAAAGUCUAGGAUCAUAUAUCCAGGACAGACAAGUGGAAAGAAUUACCUUUUUUUUUUUCCAGGUCGUUUAUUGAGUUCAAAUAGAAGAACUUCCAAAUAUGUGGCAAACAUUAUCACUAUUACCAUACAUAAUUUCUGACCUUUUGCUCAUAUGACAGUCCUCCAUCAGAAAGUGGUAGCAAUAGCAAAAAAAAACAAAAGGAUCCAGCAACAUUCAACCAGUUUAAAGCUGGAUCUGAAGAUUAGAUGAUAAUUCUGAAAUCUUUAAUAACCAUAAGUACCUACCUUUUUUGAAGUGAUUUUGCCAUUUCAGACUCGUAUAGCAUGUUCACAAAGUCACUGUAAAAUCGAUUUUUCUGACAUCUUUUUUACUCUCCAUUUUUUUAAAUUUGUAAAAUAUCUUGUAUUAGAAACCCCACGUUCUUAAAUUAUCUAAAUUUUUAGAUUAUCAGAUUACUUCACUUUUACUUUUCCUUCCCAUUUUCUGCCCCUUUGUCUUUUUAGCCAGUUAACUUCUUCCAGAUAUUUUAAAGGAGGAGGUGGGAAAGAUUGAAAACUCUUCAUUGAGUCAUGCUACUUUUUAGCACCUCUUGUUUAGUGGUUGUAAAUGUAGAUCAGCGAUACUUAGAUAUUAAUUAUAGCUUUAUUAACAUGUAAUUAAUCAUGAAAGCUUAGCUAAAGUAGCUAAUGCUUUUUUUAAUUUAGAAAGUUUGUAUUAAUAAUUUAAAUUUAUUUAUCUCCAGUGAUAUGAAAUCCAUAAUAGAGCUUUCCUUACUAGUGUAUCUGUAGUACAUGGCACAGAGUAGAAACUCAACGUUUCUGGGUUCAGGUGUUUUUUGUUUUCCUGCUCUAGUUUUUAAGGUAAUGCCUUGUUAUAUCGCUAGGUGGCAUUAGUUCUUCAGUUAAAACCACUGAUAAGUUAUUUUUCCAAACUUAGGAAUUUGUAUUUUUGUUGUUAUUCAGUAAAUUUACUUUUAACAGAUUAAAAGCAGAAGUAUCUUAAGAUCGUCUUUUUAAUAUAUGUUAACAGUGGAUUUUCUAGUAGAUUUAGAAAGUAAUUUUAAUUUUUUAUUAGUACUGAAAAUAAUCUCAAAAGUCAAGCAUGAUGAUAAUUAAAUUCUAAUUACAAAAUAAAGGCCUUGGUUUGUUCGAGCUCUAUGUCAUAUAGUUGGUUUAUAGAGCCAGUAUUUUUGUGUAUACAUGAUAAACUACUGAUUAAAACUUUGUUUUGUAAAUUCCUGGGAUGAUUCAUUGAUCUGAAUUGUCUUUUAUCUUACUGUCUACAUAAGUCCACAGUGCUUAAUGAAAUAUAUGAAUAACAUCACCAUGCUGUGUUCAAAGAUGAAGAUGCAUCACCUGCUGUUGAUACUAAUUAUUGUUCAUAUCAACAAAAGAGAUAUUCCGCUUAUGGUACAGUUAGCAGAAAGAAAUUGAAGGUUUAUGGUUUCCUCCAUAGUUUAUGAUCUGAUAUAAGUGCCUUUCCAAAUUUGUUAAUAUGAUGGACUCUUUCAACAUCAAAAUAAUUUAUAGGCCACCAUAUGAUAGUUGUUAAACUAUGAGUAUCUAUUGAUUGAGAAAAUAAAGUCAAAACUACAAUGAAUUCA